AAGAGAGCUGGAGAGCGCAUUAUAGAAUGCAUGCUUCGCUUCAAUCGCACACGGGCUACGCACUGUGUUCCCGUCGAGAACGUCGACGACAACGACCAUGACUUCUCUCCCACUCUCUUGCGCCAGCUCUCGGUCGUAGUCGGUCUGCUGCUGCUGAUGGGUUUUCCACCUCUCGAUCGCCUCUGCUACGCUGCCCUAGGUCUCUGUGUGUGCGCACAUUUGGUAAGUAUGGGUGGGUUGCUGGUUGCGUAUGCUCAUGGGGGUAGCAAACCACUCGAUACCAGUGGGCAAUUUUAGUCGCGUCGCAGCUAUCGAAGAAUUGGUUCGUGUUUUCCAACGCCUUGCGCCCUGUUCAGUCUGCUGUCGUUGUUGUUGCUGCUGCUGCUGCCAGUCUGCCUUUAUUCACCAACCAUCACCCCGUGUUAGUGCGGUGUGUACGAGAGCAAGAGAACGGACGAGCACGCGCGAGAGUUGUAUAGCUGCUGUGCGGAGACCUGUCUGUCGGUUUGGUUGGUCGUUCGUCGGUCCCCGUCUGCUGUUCGGUCGGUCGGUCGGUACGUUGGUCGAUCGUUUCGAUUGGUGUGGAGUGUGCCUGAGCUUCCCCAGUCAGUGUCGUGUCGUCGUCGCCGAAGAAAACACAACUCCACCGAGAGCAAGAACCGUGUGCGUUCGAAUCGCGCGUGGCGGCCAGUGUAUGUAGUACCUCAUCCUCCUCCUGCAACAAAGAAGCAAUACUACCGAGAAAGGUUCUUCUUGCAACAAAGCACAAUAGAGAGUCCUCCGAGUCGCGGAUUGUUUCGUGGAGAAGUAGAAAUUGAUUUCGGUGGAUAGUGAGUGUCCUGUCUGGUGUUUUAUGUAUCGACAAGCUAGGAGGGUGUGUUGAAGAGUGAGUUUCAAGUUUUCUUAGAGAGCUUGAGCGGAAACUGAAGCCAGGCAAAUAGAAAAAAAAAACGGAAAGGACGACACGAAGAAAACACGGAAACCAAUCGCCGUAAAGUUUAAUGUGUUCAGAAGUUCUCGUUCCGGAACGUGACAGGAAGUAAUCGUUUGAUCGAGUUCCGCCAAUCCAAUCAAUCAAAUGCCGAUCAAAGUAUUCUAUCGAGUCGAAGAAAGCUCGAGUUCGUGAAUCAGGGGCAAAACAUUGUGACAAAACUGCGAAAGAUUACACUGAUGAGUUACUGAUGAGUGACGAGUCCCGUUAGUCAAAAGUCGCACGGUGCAAGAAGCCUGUGGAAACAAGUGAAGUGUGUGUCUGGAGGAAAUGUGGUUUACGACUUUGUGAAGAAUACACAACUCUACCUGCCUAGCUAGGGGAAAAGCGAGCAAUAGAGCAUGCCAAGGAUUAACAAUCAUAAAGGAAGGGUUCAAUCGGUGCGGAAGUUAUGAGUUUGUGCAGUUCUGUAUUUCUCUGUAAAGUUCAAAUUGCCCUGUUUUAAGUUUCAACCCUUCCCCGUAAAUCUCAGUAUAUACCAAGAAGUUAAUCAAUAAAGAAAAGGCCAGUGAAUAGUACAAAUUUUCCAUUUAGUUUGUAUUUAGAGAGCUAUCGAUUUUUCUGCCAGUAAGCGCUAUUUAUUUACGACGAUAAGAAACGGAUGAAGAGAACCCACAAUCGCAAAGUGUGAUAUAAAUUAUUCAGAUAGCAAACAAAAGGCUCGGAUAACGACGUGAAAAGCAAUCAACAGCAACUGUACCACCAAUCCCCAUCGCUCCCCGAACUAGUAUUGGAUACUCACCACAGCUAAAAGCAGCUAAAUGGAAUUAGCACGGAAAAGAUACAAAAGUAGCCGGGGUCCGGUGCUAAGGUCAAGCGAACGCCGCCGUCCACAGAGUAUAUCGUCGUCCACGUCCGCGUUACUGCCCCGAGUGGUCCUAAAUCGAAUCGAUCCCCGCGAGUUCGAACGCAUCCGAGUCUCGUACAAGGUUGCCAUCCGGAGCACCCGCAGCAGUCGAACGAGCAGUGGUGCCCACCCUGGUAUGAACAUGGGCCAAAAGAUCAGCGGAGGUGUCAAAACGGUCAGCAGCCGCGACCAACCAUCGCCAUUCAUUCCGAAGAUCCCGCGCGAACUGGCGGCGCACUUCCAGCGACCGGCCCGUCUCGAUCUCCUGCUCGAUAUGCCACCGGCCGCCCGCGAAACACAGAUCAAGUACUCCUGGAACUCCGAAGAUCGCUCGCUCAACGUGUUCGUGAAGGAGGACGACAAGAUGACAUUCCACCGGCACCCGGUGGCACAGAGCACAGACUGCAUACGGGGCAAGGUCGGGUUCACCAAAGGCCUGCACGUGUGGGAAGUGUUCUGGUCGACGCGGCAGCGAGGCACACAUGCUGUGAUCGGUGUGGCCACAUCCGAGGCACCACUCCACUCCGUAGGUUAUCAAAGUUUGGUCGGCUCGAACGACCAGAGCUGGGGCUGGGACCUGGGGCGCAAUAUGCUGUACCACAACUCGAAAACCUGCCCCGGCGUCACGUACCCUGCGAUACUUAAGCCAGAUGAAACCUUCCUAGUGCCGGACAAAUUCCUAGUAGCGUUAGACAUGGACGAGGGAACGCUCAGCUUCAUCGUCGACGGCCAGUACCUAGGGGUGGCGUUCCGGGGGCUCAAGGGCCGAAAGCUGUACCCGAUCGUGUCCGCCGUCUGGGGGCACUGCGAAAUCACCAUGAAGUACAUCGGUGGCCUCGAUCCCGAACCACUGCCACUGAUGGACCUGUGCCGGCGAGUCAUCCGCCAGAAGAUCGGCCGAACGCACAUGGAGGAGCGCAUCGAACAGCUCCAGCUGCCACAGUCGAUGAAAACCUAUCUGCUCUAUCGGGAUCGAAGAUAAUAGACGCCCCCGCGGCAGCCGACUAUUAAUUAUUUAAUAAUAAUUAUUAUCGCUUAUUAUUAUAAUUAUUGGCUAGAUAUUAAUUUUCUCCACGUCCUCCUCGUCCUCCGCCGCCAACAACCGCCACCGCCAACGCCGACGCCUACGCCGGAUUUAGUUGUGGCCGGGAAAAGAGGGAAACAGCUGGUCGAUCGCUGACUUUUGGGAAUAAAAAGAAGAACGCAAACUGAAGAUUGUAGAACAUGAUAGAUCAGUUUUUGCCGUUUUUUUUGUGAUUAGGCGAGGAUCGAACCGAGUAGCGUUUGUCCCUUCGAGGAACAGUGCCUAUCCGACUUUGAAGGAUAGAAGAGAGGAAACGAUAGGUCUAUUUUGCAAGUAACUGACACAAACUCUGUGCGAGAAAGGAUAUGAUUUUCCCCACAAUCUCACAUUUUUUUUAAGUAAUACGGACUCUGCGAUAAGUAAAAUCUAAGGAAAUAGUAACUUUAGGUGGACAAAAAAAAACAGUAAAAAUUACAGAUGCAAAUAACAGAAAACUAAGUAUAUAUAUUGGAGAAAAAUAUAAGAAAAAGGCAAAAAAUAUUUUCACUUUUAGAACGCUGUAAAAAGGACAGAAGAAACAUUGUAAGAUAGACGAAUCGAAAUCAAAAGGCGCCAGCACUUUUUUGAUUUUAGCAACUGUAAAAAAUAUAAGAGAGGAAAAUGGCUGACUUA